AUGACGAACGAGACAGUCAGUACAAUGGCUGACGAGGAACAUGGCAAGGAAAAUUCGAGGCUAGAGCCUGUAAGCUCAAGACUUCGAUCUUCCCAUGCGCGUGUAGCGGCGACCUCCACAAUCACAUCUCGCGCCCAGGCGGAUCUCGUUAUUGCUCAAACCAGCCCUGACGCGCCUGGCUUUGUCCGAUUCCCAAAGCUUCCUCUAGAGCUCCGACUCAAGAUCUGGAGAGACUCCUUCCCAGAGCCCCGUCACGUCACCGUCGCAGUCAUUGUCAGUCCAGAAUUGAAGACUCGCAAGUUAGGAAGUACGCAAGAGCCACCCGUCACACUUCUGGUUUGA